UAGCAUUUGGAGUCUCUGUUCACUGCCCUCUCUCAGGUCUUUUCCUUGUCCGUUUAUAUAUACUCCUCUGCCACCCCCUCUACGAACAAGAUUUCGCGUUCCGGUCCCUAAAAUUUCUCAAGCAGACGACGGCAACUUGGCCGCCACUGCGCCUAUAAGUUCCGUACGAGUCCGUUUCGGAGAUUGAGGUUCGCAGGGCAGUCCAUGGAGAAGAAGCAAGGGUUCUUACCGGCGCUGAGGGAGGAGGAGGUGGCGACGGGGCCCUCGCCAACGAGGUCGAGGGAGAAGGGCUCCGUGAGGAGCCAGGCGCCGCUCCCGCAGCGGCGGAGGAAGGGGCGCCGCCGCCACCCGUCGCUGUCACAGGCGCCCGAGGCGGUCGCUCCGGUCGCAUGGUCCAAGGGCUCCCGGGAGACCCUCGCGCCGCUCGUGGAGGGCCCCGAUGGUAGCGGCGGUGGCGCUCGAGACGCCCACGGGGACCCGAGGAAGGAAGGGUGGGGGCGUUGGAUCCGGGGCCAACUCUCACGGGCCCCCUCCGCCGCCACCUCCUCCGUUGCAGCGGGCGCGUCCUCUUCAGCCCUCCGCUCCGACCUCCGCCUCUUGCUCGGAGUCUUGGGAGCGCCGCUCGCCCCCGUUCAUGUCAGCUCUUUCGACCCUCUGCCUCACCUCAGCGUCAAGGACACUCCCAUUGAAACCUCGUCGGCUCAGUACAUAAUGCAACAGUACACGGCGGCGUCAGGCGGCCUGAGGCUCCAUAGAUCCAUCCGCAACGCCUACGCCACCGGGAAGGUGCGAAUGGUGGCGUCGGAGUUCGAGGCCACAGCCAAAGUCGUCAGGACCGGCUGCGUCUCGUCGAGCACCACGGAGUCCGGUGGCUUCGUGCUCUGGCAGAUGGCCCCGGACAUGUGGUACGUCGAGCUCGCUGUCGGCGGCAGCAAGGUCCACGCCGGUUCCAAUGGCAAGGUCGUGUGGCGCCACACCCCCUGGCUCGGCUCCCAUGCCGCCAAAGGCCCCGCCCGUCCCCUCCGCCGAGCUCUCCAGGGUCUCGAUCCAUUGACCACCGCAAGCAUGUUCGCCGACGCGCGUUGCAUUGGGGAGAAGACGGUCAACGGGGAGGACUGCUUCGUUCUCAAGCUCAGCGCCGAUCCACCAACCCUGAGAGCACGGAGCGAAGGCCCUGCUGAGAUCAUACGGCAUGUCUUGUUCGGCUACUUCAGCCAGCGAACCGGGCUUCUUGUCCACAUGGAAGAUUCCCACCUGACCAGAAUCCAAGCCAAUGCCGGAGGCGACGCAGUCUACUGGGAGACAACCAUGAACUCCUCCCUCGACGACUACCGCCUGGUGGACGGCAUAAUGAUCGCCCACUCGGGUCGUUCCACAGCUACUCUGUUCAGGUUCGGAGAGAAGGCGAUGAACCACACCAAGAGGAGGAUGGAGGAGGCGUGGACGAUAGAUGAAGUGGCCUUCAAUGUACCUGGCCUCUCCAUGGACUGCUUCAUUCCCCCAGCUGACAUGAGACGUGGUUCAACCAGCGAAGCAUGUGAGCUUCCUCGAGGAGUAAGAGGGAAGUUCAGCUCUAGAUACCCACAAGAUAUGCCUGAGAAGAUCGUUUGCAGGUUCGAAGUCUUGGGUUAGGAUCAUCAAUCAUGAACAGGGAGCAGAUAAAUUUGCUGUUGUUUCUUAUGGUAAAACUAAAAUAAAGUGCAACUUGAUGCAAAUUUAGGUAGCUCUGAGAAGCUAGUAUAUAGAUUGAGUGUUCUAAUUCAAGAUCCUUUUGUUUCAA